AAAUACUUAAAUAGUAUUUCAAUUAUUUGAACUUUCUGGAAUUUUAUUCCAGUAUAAAAUAUUUUUUUAUUUCCUUAUUUUUGACUACCUAAAAUGAGUAUUCUAAGUACUUCAAUUAUAUGAACUUGUGAAAUUACUUUAUUACAGCAUAACAUUUUUAAAUGUUUUUUUACUUCCUUAUAUUUGACUUUAUAAAAUGAGUAUUCUAAGUACUUCAAUUAUAUGAACUUGUGGAAUUACUUUAUUACAACAUAAAAUAUUUUAUUGUUUUUUUACUUCCUUAUUUUUGACUGUAUAAAAUGAGAAUUUUUAAAUAACAGAAGAAAAAUAUUGAGAAAGGUUUUACUUAAAAGAUGUCUAUGGAAAAGUAUGUUAUUGUUGCCUUCUUGGAGGAGGAUGAUACAGUUGCAGUUGUGCUUGCAGCUUGGCUGAUCAACAGCGAGUUGUGUUAUUGGCCUCCAUAUACCAGUCAAGACAGAAAAAAUAAAGCGGCAAUAAAUUGUGAAAUACCAUCUGAAAAAUGGUCUAAACAUUCUUGUCGAAUUUUAGGGACCAAAGAUUCGUAUGCAAAGGCCAGAUCUGAACUUGGUAAAGCUGAGAUAACAUCAGAUUUACAGAGUGAUGUAGAUGUUUCAAGACUACGUACAAAACAUAUUCAGAAAUAUCUUGAAGAUGACAACGAUAAUAGUGAUGAGUAUUUUGACAAGAAUUCUCAGCAAAAAAAUAAACAACCCCUUUGCCAAGUUUCUAAGAAAAGGGAAGGUUCUGCAGAAGGGAGCAACAGUCGAUCAAAAACUAAAUCUCACAGACCAGCCCCUAAAGCACCUCCAUUUCCUGUGUCUAGUCCUUGCUCUUUAACACCUUCAUCUCCUGUAAUCAGUGAACGAGCCAUACCAGAAUCAAUUUCACAGCCAUUUACUAGAGCUAUUGAACGAGGCUCUGAGUUAUCUACAUCACAUGUAGCUAGUCAACAAUUUGUAACACCUGCAACCACAAGUAGUUGGCAAUCUGCAACAUCUACAUCUGCUGCUUGUUACCGAACUUCAACACAUGCAGCAUCAGAAUUGCAUACAAUCAGUUGGCGUAAUUUAGAAGAUAUAUCAUUUGUUUCAGCAGGCGCCUUUAUAGAAGGAGAGUUAGAACAAGUGAUAGCCAACCUUGUUCCUAAUAUUCCGACUAGCUUGUCAAUUCCAGCUACUAGUUUGAAUGCCACAGAAUUGUCUACAGCAGCUAGUCAUACAUCUGCACAAACAUCAAACAGUGUUUUAAAUAAAAUAUUUACUCUUUUAGUUGAGCUGAAAAGCGAAGUAGCUAAUCUUCAGCAGACUACUUACAACACUACUAUGUUGCAGACUUUGUCACAAGGUGGGAUACAAGACGAUGGCAACAUUUUUGAAACUCUUGAUCUUCCUGUAUGUGACCGAAAACAGCUGCAGCAGCUUGAAGAUAUAAUUACUAAAGACAAUCUUUUAUUUAAUAAACUUGUGCAUGGUGUUGCUUCGAAGGGCGGUCAGGACCUGAAGGAAGCCGUUAGAAGGAUGGUUUCCUCUCCAAUGGAAAACGACGUAGUAAAACAAAUGAAUUGGUCAGGACUUGGUGAAAAUCUAAAAAAACCCUUUCGUGACUUGAAAUGCCGACAAGUUCUGGAAAGAGCAUUGCGAAGAAAUCCACCAACGAAAGGUGCUUCAGAAAGUGAUGUGCAGAAGGCCGUGGUUCACUAUUUAGCAGGGGCUAGUGAUCGUAAUGGUGGUAGAAAACAAAGAGCCAUUCGACAAUCAAUAAAAAAAACUCACUUUGAACAUCGUGCACUAAUGCCUACAGCUUCGUCGGCAGUUAUAGAACAACCUUUAGUAGCGCCUAAAACUUCAGCGGAAGUUUUACUGCAUCAUUUGCCACUUUUCUGCUCAGACGACUCAAACAAUUAGUUAUGUUAAAAAUUAGUUAUGCUAAAUGCUGCUACCUUAUAGUUUCUUUAGAAACGUUUUAAAAGUUGUUUCCCAUAUUCAUAAUGUAGUUAUAUUUUUCGUGUAUUAAUAUUGUAUUUUAUGUUGUGGUUAUGUUUUUAUUAUGUACAUGUGUUAGUUCAAAUUACAGAAUAUAUUUCUUUAUACCUGGU